AUGGAGGAAUUGGCCAGAGAGAGCAUCAGUCUUCUGGCUUCAGCCUCGGCCAAGCCACCUCUGGACGUUGGGCCCCGGCUGGGCUCUGUGGGGGCCAUUUUCAUCAUGCUUAAAUCCGCUCUGGGUGCUGGGCUCCUCAACUUCCCCUGGGCCUUCGAGAGAGCCGGAGGAAUCCACAGCGCUAUCACCGUGGAGCUGGUUUCCCUCGUGUUCCUGAUUAGUGGCCUGAUUAUCCUGGGCUAUUCCUCGUCCAUUAGUGGCCAAUGCACCUACCAGGCGGUGGUGAAGAAGAUAUGUGGGCAUGUCAUUGGCCAACUGUGUGAGAUCUGUUUUGUCUUCAACCUCUUCAUGAUUUCUGUGGCCUUUCUGGUCAUAGUGGAUGACCAGCUGGAAAAGUUGAGCGACUCCCUGCAUGAGCUGGUAACUAAUCUUCCGGAGUCAGAGAUGCCAGAACACUUCUACAUGGACCGGCGCUUCGCUUUGGUGCUGCUCUGUUUCUUCCUCAUCCUGCCAUUAUCCAUCUCCAAAGAGAUCAGCAUUCAGAAAUACAUCAGUGUUCUGGGUACUUUGGCUGCGACCUACCUGACCACAGCCAUCAUCAUCAAAUACCAUACCAUGCCUUCUGUUCUGGUUCACAACAGCCCUCUCCACACCAAUGGGAUGAACUCCUGGGCCGCCAUGUUCAGUGUCAUCCCGACCAUCUGCUUUGGUUUCCAAUGUCACGAGGCGUCCAUCGCCAUCUACAGCAGCCUGGAGAACCAGCGGCUCUCUCACUGGGUCUUCAUCUCUGUGAUCUCCAUGAUCUUCUGCUUCGUCAUUUACUCCCUCACAGGAGUUUAUGGGUUCCUGACAUUUGGAAAGGACGCGAGGCCUGACAUUUUAAUGUCGUACACUAGCAGUGAUGUCCUAAUGCUGAUCGCGAGGCUGCUGUUUAGCAUCUCUAUCAUCACCAUCUAUCCCAUCACCCUGCUGCUCGGCAGAUCAGUGAUCCAGGACCUGCUGCUGAGCUGGCGACAGAGACGCAGCGGCGUGGUCACGGUAGACUUUGAAAGCCGCAGCCGCUACAUGCUAACGGUCCUGUGGAUAACCGCGACGCUGCUCAUCGCUGUGUUUGUACCAGACAUCAGCAAGGUCAUCAGUGUGAUCGGAGGGAUCAGCGCAUUUUUCAUCUUUAUCUUCCCAGGGCUCUGUUUGAUGUUUGCCAUGCAGUCAGAGCCGGUGUCCUGUAAGACCAGAGUCAUCUUCACGGUUUGGGGGGUGGUGAUGCUCAUCUGUGGAGCCUUCAUAUUUGGCCAGAGCACCACCAUCGCUGUUAUGCAGCUCCUCGGAAAGAUCUGACUUUUCCACGUCCCUUGAUGGUCCGAGCGUUUUUAGAAACAGACAGUGGGGAAUAAACGUGAAAUAACCGAUGGUGAGUUAUGGCUCUUUAACAGCACAUGGAGAUGACCCUGGGUCAGUGAAGCAGCCUUUCAAAACUUGCAGCUUAUGGUUUUUAAAGGACUGAAGCCAGCAAUCAUGUCUCCCUCCUCAAGUACAGGAUGUUAGUUUCACUUGGGAUAAUUAUUCCUACUUGCUAUAUGAUUAUCUAUGUCCGUACCUCUUGCCUUGCUGACAUGAAAUCCUCAGGUAUUUUCUAUAGUUUGUGCUUACAGUCUUAUAACACACUGCCACAAUCAGUUUAACGCCCUAAAUAAAACUCUACACUUAGUUUUAUCUGUACAAAGCUUAGUAUAGAGCUUUAUCUUAAUAUUGUAGAGUGUUAUAAAAUGACACACGGCACCUUUUUCACAUUUUCUUGAAUAGAUUCUACUUUAAUUAAAGUAAAAAUAUUCUCAAUAGUGCAACA